AUGGCGGAGACGGUGUCCAUUACAAUCUGUGGUGAUGGUGGAUGUGGAAAGUCAUCGAUCACGCUGCGAUUGGUGCGAAGCCAAUGGACACAUGAGUAUGACCCUACAAUCGAGGAUUCAUACUCCGUUACUCGGAUUGUCGACGGCCUGCCAUACUUACUUGCUUUAACAGACACCGCUGGCCAGGAGGAAUAUCGUGGCCUGUGGGCGUCCUCGAACCUCAAAUCCGAUGCGUUCCUCCUGGUUUAUGAUAUUACAAAUGCCUCUACGUUGGAGGCUUUGGAUUAUUUCAUGGAUAUGAUUGACAUUGAAGUAGAACAGCGGUUGGAAACAAAUGCGCGUUUGAUCCGGGAAUUGGGCUACUCCAGCCAGCAAGGAGAGAACGUUGCUGUCGGAAUGGCUCCGCCUGUUAGGUUUAUGGCUGGAAAUAAAUGCGAUUUGAAGGACGAACGGGUAGUCAGUGCGACUCAGGGCCUAGAGUAUGCUAGGAAAAGAGGUUGUGGUUUUAUGGAAACGAGUGCAAGGGAAAUGGUUAACAUAGAAGAGACUUUUUCCUUAAUCGUUCGCCGUGUGGUGGAAGCGCGGCAUUGCCAUUACCUACAACAAUUUCCAACCCCACAACCCAAGGCAAUUGGUCAUUUAUCUCUAGCGGCGCAUUCUCCAUCUCAGGCCCUAUUCUCUCCCGACCUAAUUGUGGUAUCGCACGCGGAUUCACAUUUACGAACACCAGCUCUCACAGAUACGGAGAAGGGGUUCGCUGACCAUAAUUUUAUUAACGAAGCAACGGAGCGCUCCUCACAUAGGUCAAGCCAGUGGAAAGGCAUUAGUAGAGCAAUUUCAAAACGUGUCAGGAAGAUGAAAAGCCGGGACACCACAAACCAGCGCCAUAGCAAUAUAGCGCCAUUCAGUGUCCAUCGCGAAGAAGCCGUCCCUGGCAAGGUAUUUGAUGACGAGAAUAACCCACCGCGAUCUGAAAGAAAACUAGAAGACCUGGCCAAGUCUAUGAAAUCAGAGGACCGCGAAAACGACGGAAAUGAGCCUGGAAGCACCCCGAAACCCUGGUGGUGGCAGAUUUUCUGCUGGAAACCUUGA